AUGGCGCUGGACUCGCGCUUCUUUCGACACAUCGGCCAGGACAUCGGGCCUGGCUCGAUCUCUUCCAUGACCUCCUCCGACUCCUCCGCCAUUACCGGCAUUACCUCCCCCAGUGUGGUCUCGACCUCCGCCUCCGCCGCCUCCUUCAUCUCUACAGCAUCCAGUCCAUCGCUUCGCGCUCGCGAGAGCGUGUCAGUACUAUUGCGUCAAGAUGGAGCCGCGAGCCCCUCACCCGGCGGCAAUGUGCGCGUCGUGGUGCGCGUUCGCAAGUUUCUCCCCAGAGAGAUCGAUCGCAAGGCAGAGUGUCUCAUCGAGAUGGACCCACACACUCAAAUGACGCAGCUGAAAGCACCGAAGCGCAGUCCUGGCGAUCUGGGGAAACCGAAGUCACAAGCCCGUGGCAAAGUACUCGACGACAAGUCCUUCACAUUCGAUAACUCAUUCUGGUCACACGACGACGAAGAUGACCAUUACGCCCACCAGGAGGAUGUCUACAACUGUCUGGGUGAGGAGUUCCUCGACCACAACUUCGAAGGAUACCAUACCUGUAUCUUCGCCUACGGACAGACUGGUUCUGGUAAGAGUUACACUAUGAUGGGCACACCUGAACAGCCGGGCUUGAUUCCGCGUACCUGCGAAGAUCUCUUCCAGCGCAUCGAGACCUCACCUUCUCCCGAUAUCAGCUACAACGUCCGAGUAUCAUAUUUCGAGGUAUACAACGAGCAUGUGCGCGAUCUCUUGGUGCCACGAACGGAUCCUCCGCACUACCUGCGUAUUCGCGAGUCUCCAUCAGAAGGUCCUUACGUCAAAGACCUGACGGAGGUUACUGCGAGGAACUAUACAGAGCUCAUGAAGUUCAUGCGGAAGGGUGAUGUUUCGCGAACUACGGCCAGCACUAAGAUGAACGAUACAUCGUCUCGAUCUCACGCCGUUUUUACAAUUACUUUGAAACAGAUACAUCACGAUCUUUCUACAGACGAAACAACGGAGCGCACUGCUCGCAUUCGGUUGGUCGACCUUGCAGGUUCGGAACGCGCCAAAUCCACUGAAGCAACAGGUGCUCGGCUCCGCGAAGGUUCGAAUAUCAACAAGUCGCUCACUACCCUUGGUCGAGUGAUUGCGGCGUUGGCAGACCCAAAGAAGACGCGCGGGGGAAGAAAAGGCAAAGAGAUGGUUCCGUACCGCGACUCGAUUCUUACGUGGCUUUUGAAAGACAGUCUUGGUGGAAACUCGAAGACUGCGAUGAUUGCAUGCAUUUCACCGGCGGACUACGAAGAAACUCUCUCAACACUACGAUAUGCAGACCAGGCCAAGCACAUCCGAACCCGUGCUCGCGUCAACCAAGAUCACGUCUCUGCAGCUGAACGUGAUGCGCAAAUAGCUGAAAUGGCGGAGACUAUUCGCACCUUGCAACUCAGCGUCAGUCAGGCGACUGUGCACCAGCGCGCAAGUGAGGCGCAGGACGAGAAGUUGGACGAGUACCAGCAGAAGGUCGAAAAGAUGCAGCGGCUGAUGGAGGAGACUAAAAUGGUCAGCGAGUGCAAGAUCCGUCAACUCCAGACCGAGAAUGAGGCUCUGCGUAUGCACUUGAAGCUCGCUCUGGAGAGUCUCAAGAACCCCAUACCGGCAAUUCCGAUUGAAAAGCGACAACCAAGUCUGACUUCAUUAGCGGCAGAGAGCCUGCCCCCUCCAGAGGAUGAUCAAGGUGACCGCGCGGGCACCCCCGAUGAUCCUUCUGAUUCCGAAGCCGAAGUUUGGGAGGAUGAUGAAACAAUCACGUCCGAUGACGACGAGGACGAUGAGGUACACCAUCUGAUGCAAGCUCGCAUGCAAGAUCUCCUCGGCGAUCUUAGUAUGUUCAAACGUAAGCUUGCAACAGACCACGAACGAUUCCGACCUAAUGAACAACCGAAAACACGGAAACGUCGUGCUCUUGGGGCUAUACCUGGCAAUAUUCGCUAG